CCCCGUCGCUUCUCGCUCCUUUCACUUAGGCUGCGCUACACGUUGUGGAGCGACCCGGAUCCCUUGGCCUCCUACUUACAAUACCACCGUUGCACAACGUGUAGAGUGGCUUUCUCCUUGGAGCCAGCACGGCAAGAUGGCCGUCACUGUCUACAGACGACGCGGACGAGUUUAGUGAUCCGCCUCUUCUGUGCUAGUGUCUGUUUGAGUGUGUUCGUGACCGUAUGAUUCCGUUGGUGUGGAAUACCGCAAUGCGAAAAUGGUAACGUGAAUCCAGUGUCAGUGAACUGUUGCGCCACGGGUGAAAAUAUUUGUGUUGGUGAUUGUCUAUCUCUAAAAUACUCAUGAAAGAGACUUCAACGGUGGAGACUUCACUUGUUGACAUGUGUCAAGUUUUCGACCUAGAAAGCCUUUUGUCUAAGUGUUCUGAGUGAAAGCCAUCAUGAAGUUCCAUUGGAUUACAUUAUGGAUACUUGGAAUAAUCAUUGGCUGUGGGCACGCCCAGUUCUCCGACAACACCCCGCCCGUGGUGGUGGUCGAGCGAUACUGGACAGUGCCGGACACAGAGCCAGUGGGGGCGGUCAUAGUCAGGGUACACGCCGAGGAUAACGAAGGUGAUCCUCUAGAGUACGGCCUGGAGAAACCCGAUGGUCCUUCGAACUUCAACAUCUUCAUGAACAACAGUCUCCGGGAUCUACCCUUCAGGAUCGACAACCAGACAGGAGUCGUCUACACGAAUGACUCUUUGGCUGACAGGGGUGGAGAGAGCCUGUUCUUGUACGUGACCGUCUACGACGGCCAGCUAACUCACAAGAGCGAAGUCUGGGUGGACAUCAUGAACACUACCGGACUCCAGGACUCCCGACGUCCCGCACCCCCCAGGAUUCCGUCCAACAUGGGUCCAGGGUUCCGAGCUCCUCCCCCUCCCAACCCAAACUUCCGCACGCCCUUUCAUCCUAUGUUGUUUCCAGGAAGACCUUUUCCAAAACCUAUAAACAAUGUUCAACUUCCUAGUCAACCUGCGACUACAAAGGUAUCUUCGACAACUACUACCACAACCUCUACGACAACAACGACCGAGUCUACUACAAAGGCUGCUAAUUUAACGACAACUACGGUGAAACCUACAAAGGUCACCGAAGACACUUCUGCGACAAACAAAGUCGUGGUAACGUCCGCACCAGUGGAUGAAAGUCAAGCUGUGAUCAGGAACCUUGCUUUAACCAUCAUACCUCUAGUGCUAGUGUGUGCCACCUUCCUUGUGUCUGCCAUCAGUGUAUGUGUGUUCAGGAAGAAAAUGUGCAAGACAAAGAAAAAGUCCAAAAAGGGAGAUAAGGAUAAAGAGAUGGCAGCCAACAACACAUCCCUAGAGGAGCCAAUGGCGAUGCAGCAAUGGCUUGGUCCUCGAGCAUACAGCAACCGAUACGAAGCUUGGGACUCGGAAACCGCUCAGCAUGGGGGAGCAAUGACAGCAGCGCAGCCACUUCCAGAGAAGCUAGACCCUUGGGAGUUCCCUAGGCAUCACCUUAAAGUCUUCAACAUUCUCGGAGAAGGAUGUUUCGGUCAAGUCUGGAAGUGUGAAGCUAUGUCUAUUGCAGGCAGAGAAGGGCCAUCCGUAGUAGCAGUUAAAACGCUUAAAGAAAACGCAGGAGAAAGAGAACGAACUGAUCUCCUACAAGAACUACAAGUUAUGAAAAUGUUGGAACCUCAUGCUAAUGUGGUUAGACUUUUAGGCUGCUGCACAGAAAAAGAUCCGUUGUUUGUGAUCAUGGAGUACAUAUGCCACGGUAAGCUGCAGAGUUACCUCCGCAACUCUCGGGCCCAGAGGUACUAUGACAACAUGCACGCCAAGUCUGCGACCCUCACCUCCAGAGAUCUCACUUCCUUCUGCUACCAGGUGGCGAGAGGGAUGGAGUUCCUAUCAGGAAAAGGGAUUAUUCACCGAGACCUGGCGGCAAGGAACAUUCUUGUUGGUGAAAACCAGAUCUGCAAAGUGGCUGACUUUGGGUUUGCUCGUGACGUCAUUACGAGUCAUGUGUACGAGCGGAAGUCUGAGGGUCGGUUGCCGAUCAGGUGGAUGGCGCCAGAGUCCCUUUACGACAACCUCUUCUCUGUCAAAAGCGACAUUUGGAGCUUCGGAGUCCUAAUUUGGGAAAUCGUCACGCUUGGAUCGACGCCUUACCCUGGCCUUGGGGCUGCAGAGGUGAUGAGGAAAGUAAGAGAUGGCUACAGACUUGACAAGCCUGAACAUUGCCGCAGAGAACUGUACAACAUAAUGUACUACUGCUGGGACCAAGAUCCUGCCGAGAGGCCCACCUUCACAGAGCUGGUGACUCUACUAGAGCAGUUGUUGUUGACAGAGACAGACUACAUACAGCUAGACAGGUUCCCUGAUCAUUCCUACUACAACAUGGUGUCUCUGAGUGGGGAAAAACUGUGAUCUAAUUGGUACCAAAGGAUGUACAUAUUUUGUACAGUUUAUAUAGACCCCUGGAAAGGCAACUUUUAUUUAAAAGAGAAAAUGUAAUGUCUUUUAGUCCAUUUGGUAUUUAAUUUCGUUUUACCAUUGUAAUUAAAUUUAACAAGAAAAGUUAUUUAAUGUUUAAUUUGAUUAAUGUAAUACUUUUUUGAAAAUUGGUAGAUUUCACUUUUUUUUUGUUUGUUACUUCAAUCGUACAAAGUAAUAAGAAGAUAAAUUUUUGUUAUCACCUUCAUUCAGUAAACCACAACCUAGUGAUUUCUUGCAUCGUAUGAAAAGGUACUGUAAAUCCAAAUUAUGUAUAUCUAAUUUAUGCGUGAUGAGAAUCUCCAUCUCAAUAUACUGUAAUCUACAUUAUUUUUUUAUUUAAUACGAAGCAUGAUCUGUAAUAAUAAUAAUUUACUUGCAGAAUUACGUCAGUACAUGAUCAAUGUAAUGAAGAUUUACCUUCACUUUGGAAGGAAAAAAUGAAUUUUCACAGGAUAGUUUUAAUGUCUUUUAAAGGGUCUGCGACACUGCAAUUAAGUUAUUAUUUCCAGUGCAAAAUCUUUAAAGGGUUUUAACAGUAAUUAGAGAGAAGCUCAAUAAUUAAUGAGGUGCAUAGAUAAAAUAAAUGUUGUAAAUUAGUAGUUGUAGCCAUGAUAACAGGUUUGUAAAUAUAUGUAAAUAAGUAUUAUUAAUUUAUAAUACACGGAGAAAUGUUUAUUUUAAAUAUUUUGUAAAAAAUAUA